UGACAUGUCUCGCAUCGCCGCAUAGUACACACCGGACGGUCUCCCACCAACAUACAGCCUCUCUGCUAUGUCCUCCCAGCGCGAUCCAUCCGCGGUCCGCUUCGAGGGCGACCUCUCUCACACACAGCGCUCCUCUAUCCUCAAGUUCGCCAACAUCAUCCUUCGAGGCAAGGGGCUCUACGCGAAGUCUACCGGCUCGCGUCUGGAGAUCACAGAGGUCUCUUUCUACGAGCGCGAGGAGGACAAGAAGCCGCAGGUCCGGAUGAUCUUCGAGCUCGACGUCGACGAAGACAUGCUCAAUUCCGCGAACAUGGUCCAUGGUGGCUGCUCUAUGUUCCUGAUAGACGUCUGCUCGUCCAUCGCCCUCGUUUCCCUCGGUAUCGCGACAAACAGGGACACUCGUCUCGUCUCACAGGCGAUCACCACUGUGUUUCACGCGCCCGCGACGACAGGGGCGAAGCUGCGCAUCAUCAACACCACCGUGUCGUUCGGCGCGCGCACAGUCACAGCGCGCACGGAGAUCUGGGAUACUACAAAUCGUAGGCUGGUCGCGUCGGGUGUGCAUAAUCAGAUGCAGCCGUCUGCGCCCAAGCUGUAAUCUAGAGCAAGUGUAUAUGUGAAGCGGGACUAGGACACAUCUCGGCCGCUACACAGUGUCAUCCGGACGGCGUCCCAUCGUAUCACACCCCGCCGCCCUACGUCGCCCACCACAUAGACGACGUCAAGCUGUACAUGC